GUCAAGGGCGGGACGGGCAGCGAGUGACACCGGCGGGCGGCCCCGGGCCGGUAUGUGGUGACCCUCUGAGGCUCCGGGUCCGCGGCCGUCUGCCUGCUCGUGCCGCGGGAGGCGGGCCGGCCGGCCGGCAGCUCGGAGGCCUCAGAGGUGCUGGGGAUACGCGCUGUUCCCGCAGCCGGCCGGGACAGGGCCAGGCGGGGACAGCGGUGACUGGUGAGGCCUGAGGGGCCGGCAGCGCCGUUCCCCGUGUGUGGGACGGUGUGCGUGAGGGUUUCGUUCCUCUGGAAGUGGUCUUCUCUGGGUGUCUUCAUGAAUAACUUAAAUGAUCCUCCCAACUGGAACAUCCUGCCUCAUCACAGAGAGCCCAGGGAUGAAGGCAGCAGGUGGAAUUAUGCCUUGCUGGUCCCCAUGCUGGGCUUGGCUGCCUUCCGCUGGAUCUGGACCAGAGAAUGUCAGAAAGAAAUAGAAAGAGAAAAAAAAGAAUAUUAUAAAAAGCAGUCGUCUUUACAAAAAGACCUGGAAUCCAAAUACCGGGAUAUAAUCACAGAAAAUCGUCGUGCAGUUGCACACUUGGAGCUGGAGCUUGAAAAGGAACGCAACAGGACCCUGAGUUACCGUGAAGCCCUCGUGUCCCAGAGUCGCAAGCUAGUGGAAGAGAGAAGGAUCCUAGAACAGGAGCAAGAGAAGUUAGAGAGAGAAAAAGAAGUUCUUCUGCGCUCGGGAGCAGCAGGUACCUUGUACCAAAGCUGUCUGGCAAAGGAAGAGGAGUGGCAGAAGAGAGCCAACACUUUACUAAAAGAAUUUGAAGAUGGCCUUAAAGAAAGACAGGAAAUCUACUGCAGUUUUGUAGUACCUAAAAGCCAGAGACUAGAAAUAGAGAAAAAUCUGCUAGUUAAAGCAGCAACUGAUCCGGUUGCUUUGGCUUUACAUAUGGAAAGUGGCUUAAAAGAUAUUUUCAAACAUGAUAACUAUUGUGGCAAUCUGAUGAACAAAAACAGAAGUCAAAACGGAAGACUUAUGUGGCUAUAUUUGAGAUACUGGGAACUAGCUAUUGAAUUACAGAAGUUCAAGAGGGUGGAAAAUGUAAUGUUAGGGAAACGAUAGGGAAAGUAAUGGUGAUUUAUGCAGUCUACCACGAAGAAUAGGGACAACCACAGCUGUAGUCUGAAGCUGUUAAAAUCUCUGUAUUUCAGUUUCUGCUCUUCGUUGCAUUUGUAUCUGCAUGGGACGUGCAGUGUUGUUUAACAGCACAUGCUCCAGUGAGCUAUGCAUGCUCUAAAACUUUGUGUUUGCGUAUCUCCGUGUUACACUGCAGCCUGCAGUACGAGCUUCAGUAGGUAUCAGAAGCAGCAAAACAAGUUGAUGUAGAGUAAUUAACCCAGUUGAAGAUCAUAGGUCAUCAACAGAGAAGUGCAAUUUUUCUCCCUAAGUGGAUGAUCACAUCAUGCUCCUUAGUCCUGAUGUUCUGCACAGUGUCUCACCACUGUCUUUCUCUUUUCAUCAGAACUUUGGAAGAAACCGUGAUUGAGUAAGGUGCCUGUCACAUAAUGUGUGUGCAUAUAUACAUACCUUUAUCAAAAUGUGUAUGUAUGUUUGUGUACGUGUAUAUAAGAAAGGAAUAGUAUGAUUAUGUUUCAUAUUAACCAGUCUUGCAUUGUCUUCCAGACUUAAAAUACAAAUAGGACUACAAAUCAACAAAACAUCCAAAAGAUGGUAAUUAAAAUGACAUGUAAAGAAACAGAUUGAUUAAAGUCACAUUGGAGUUGGGGAGACAUGCUUGAAUAUUAAAUAGUACGUAGACUUGCAGUUAUAUUCCCACCAUACAUUAUUCAUGUUAAGAAUACUUAUGUUUUUUCUUUUCCUCAAAGUUUUAGUUGUAACCCAACAGUGUGUCUCCAUUAUAGACAUUACUGUUCUGCUGCCUCUGCAUUCCAGUGCACUUGGUACAUUUUUAGCUUCCAGGAACCAUGAUAGUCAUUGCACCUGGCUGUACUGCUUGUAUAAGCUGUUCCCAGCUGGGAGCCUAAACGCAGCCUGGGCACUUGUAGCCACCCUUCCCAUUCCUGACUGUCUGAGUGCUCCCACACCUGAAGUGCACUGUUCCACAGCUCUUACAUGUUGAGCUUACAGGUCACCCCUUUGUGUCCACAUGGCUGUGAAAGCCUACAGAUGUACAAGCUUUGUAAAGAUUUCAAAAGAAGGCAUUUUACUUUUAUUACCACGGUAAACAGAUUCAGAUUAAAUAAUAAAACUACAUUUUCAUCUUGAAAUCCCUUAAAACUUUAUUCUUUAGCCAAUGGAGAAAACAGGAACCACCUUCAUUUUCAGAAGUGCCAUGUAUACCUCUUGUAUGUGUACCUCUUCUUUUCCUUCUCCUUUCUAAUCCAGCCUUACAGCCCAAAAAGGAAGUGUUUACCUUUUUUGUUUAUAAUGUCGAUCUUCUCUGUUACAUGUCUUCAAUUAGUGUUGUUAAGUUGUUGGUUCUUUAGUUAGCAUUUCUUUAUUAACUGCCAAACGUUUGCUCUGGGCAAUUAGCUGUCACACAGCCCAAAAGCAAUCCAGCUCAGUGGAUGCCCAUCCGAGUUUAACAGAGACCUCCAGCAGAUGCAGAGUUUUCUCUUACUACUGCCUCUGGGCUUCAUUUUAGUCAGGAACAAAAGACAGAAGAUAAAUCUUCUGAAGUAAUGUAUACAACCUAAUUCAGUUUCUCAGCAAAAAUAACAUGGAACAAAAUUCUUAGACACGUUUGUUUCCUAAAUACUCUAUUUUCCAUCUGUCUUUUUGCUCACCUUUGUGGUGUUACUCAUUUUGUUGUAUUAGUUUAUUAGCUUCUUAUGGGCUGUUUUUUUUUUUUAUUUUUAAAUAAAGGUUAAAUGAUUAAUCAUGGGCAAAAAAAAGACGUAUGAUCACAGUCACUAGAAAGGUCAGAGGUUAUCUGGAUGCCAAGCUUAUACGGGUUGCACCAUGAGAAUGUGAGUUGGUACUCUUGUGUGACAAGCCCAGCCAAGCUGUUGUAGCUGACCACAUGUACAUGCCCUAUGUGCCCAGUAGGACAGAUCUGAUUAAACGACUUAACUUGUGUAUAAUUCCUCCAGGAUGUGUAAAGUGUGACCACACAGCUGUCGUGUUUCAUAUGUACAUCCAAGCAGCUACAGCAACACAGCUAACAAACAGUAGACAGUGCAUCGAUGCCAAUACAUUCAAGACUCAUGUCUUGACUUCAUAGACCUUCACUAGUUUUUAAUAUUAAAAGUUAAAACGCUGUGCUUUUUCAGUUUUUUUUCAUAGUUCACGCCCUUGACAUCAACUCAAAAUAUUUAAAGAAAAUGAAAUCAAGAGAGUAAAAUACUUUUUUUCAGUAUAAAUGAAUGAGUUGAAACUUCGUAUGUUUGAUCUUACAUGGUUGGAUGCAAUGUGAUGUUGGAUAUUUACUCUCACUUCUUUAGAAGUUAUCAACUAUUUGUACAACUGAGUGUGGAACUGUUGUUCAUGGAUACUUUGCAGAUCAGUGCAUUAAGAGCAUAUUAAGAUCAAGGAGUUUAUUUCAGGAAGAUUUUUCCGUGUGUGUAACUGGUUUAGAAGCACCAGUCCUGUUAGUUCCUACCGGAACUCACGUUUCUUAGUUUGUUGUGUAUUUUUGAAACAUUUGUGUUGUAAACUGUUAUUUUGAAAGAUCUAUUGUGAACUAUUGCCCAGCAACUAUUGGUCUGGAUUAACUAUUUGUCUGAAAAUGCCCUUAUAUAUAUGUAGAAUGAAAGAACAAUUUGUUUUCAAAUAUUUAA